AAAUGCUUAAUCACAAUAUUGCUUUAGUCAUGAGCUUAGACAACGAAAUAAAAGAUAAAGGAAAUUUGUUUGUUGGAGGAUGGGAGUCGAUCAAAUUGAUAAAAGAUCAAUAAAUUAAUGCUGUUUUAUCAGCUGUUUGGUUUGGGUGCAAAUCAUUAGAUAAAAAUGUGGAACAUUUAAUAAUAAAAGCAGAAGAUAACCCAAAUUAUGAAAUGAGUAAACAUUUUGAAGAAUCAGUGAAAUUUAUAAAUGAUAAUCUUAAAAUAACAAAUGUUUUAGUGCAUUGUGCUGCUGGAAUUUCAAGGUCAGUUUGUUUGAUAAUUGCAUAUAUGAUCAAAAUCCAUAAAAUAAAACCAUAAGAUGCUUUAAUGAAAAUUUAAUAAAAUAGAAAAUGGGCUAAUCCAAAUGAUGGAUUUAAAAAAUAAUUGGAAAAGUAUUAUAAUGAGGUAAUAGAAGGAGUAUAAUGA